UGUUGGUUUGCCAAGCAGGCGUUUUUAGAUUUUUGCAAGAGCUUGCGAAUGCUGCUUAAAAAAUGGGGAGGCUAUCACACAAACUGGCAACAUAGCUUAGGACAUGUACGCGACAGUGACAGACCCUGUCAAGUCUGACAUUGCUGUCAUUUUAAUUUGCGAAUGUUGAUGUGGUUGGGUUGUAAUUUAAAUAUUUAAUAAUCAAAUUAGAAUACUAUAAACUCUAAUAAUCAUGUUAAAAACUGUGAAAGCGAUAUCAACAAAUUUGAGAAGAGUUGUUACGACUAGAGCCCUACAGACGUCUGCAUCGUUACAACAUGAUAGUCUGUUCGUCCACAGAGACACGCCGGAAGACAACCCGGAUAUCAAGUUCGAAUUUACCCCAGAAAAUAAAAAGAGAGCUGAGGCUAUCAUGGCUAUCUAUCCAGAAGGUCAUAAAAGAGCUGCAAUGAUACCUUUAUUGGAUCUUGCGCAAAGGCAAUAUGGUUGGUUACCAAUUUCUGCAAUGCACCAUGUUGCAGAUAUUUUAAACUUGCCCAAAAUGAGAGUUUAUGAAGUAGCUACGUUCUAUACAAUGUUCAUGAGGAAACCAACCGGGAAGUACCAUGUCCAAGUAUGUACUACAACCCCCUGUUGGUUAAGAGGGUCAGAUGAAAUUUUGGAGGCGUGUAAAAAGAGCUUAGGCAUCGAAGUUGGUGAAACUAGCAAAGAUAUGAUGUGGACAUUGUCUGAGGUUGAAUGUCUAGGAGCGUGUGUGAAUGCACCGAUGGUUCAGAUCAAUGAUGAUUAUUAUGAGGAUUUAACUGUUAAAGACACUGAAGAAAUCUUAUCAGAUUUAAAAUCUGAUAAAAAGCCUGCACCUGGACCUAGGAGUGGUAGAUAUGCUGCAGAGCCUAUUGGUGAACCUACAAGUUUGAAAGGAGAUCCACCUGGUCCUGGAUUUGGAGUGAGAUCAGAUUUGUAAAUGUUUAUUUAAAUUGUAAUAUAUUAUUUAAAAACUUUCCCAGAGAUUUGCU